UGAAUACGUCUGUGCCUGCCCAGGCCUCCCGUUUGUUCGAGCAUGGCUAGCACAGACAGGUGUACCUACGUGUACCAAGCACGAGCAACUGAUCUCGGCUUCUGUACAAGUAGGUAUGUGCAUACUUGGUCGCAAGGCGACGACAGAUGACGAUGGCGAUGAUGCUGCUGCUGCUGCUGCUGCUGCUGCCGCUCCUCCUCCUCAUGCCGGCGUCUCUGUUCACGCUCUCGCUGUGCGCUGCAGGACGUGCUAGUGCCGUCCGCCACAGUGCUGGGUCAAUCCAUUUCCCUUUCUUCUCUCUCAUCCACCCACACACACCGCCUGUGGGCUAAGAGAAGAUGGUGAUGGCAAUCCCGGCACAACCCUUGUCCACUGGCUAGGCCCGGCUCUGCAGUGCCUGAUUGGGCAGCUGGUCCUGGUCAUGUCGCCCCUGGCUGGACUUACCAACGCUAUUACUGGCUGUGUAAUCAAAGCUCUGCGCCCCUGUCGCGUCUCCCAUGCGCUGGCUAGCCCCGGUUCUGACCCAUCCUUGCUCCCCGUCGCUCUCAAGCUGCCUCCCGACCAGACACCCCCUCCCCUGCUAGUACGACUCAGAAAAGUAUUUGGGACUUGGGGUCACCUAGCUCCUUUACUUUUGGCUAUCCCUCUUGGAAAUUUUUUCUCUAUUUCUCGGGAGAGAAACCAGAGG